AAUUUAAUCUUACACGUACGAAUGAACAGCAGACUCAAGUAUAAGUAGAGAGCAACGCUUUUAAAACCCGUACAACGCGAAAGCAUACACUUUGAAGAAACACAAAUGUUGGAGUUUUAUGGGCUAUUCCCGGUUAUAGUUUCAUUUAUAGUAGUGAAACUCUGCCACUGGAUAUAUCGUUGGACGAACCCUAAAUGCAAAGGUAAACUUCCUCCGGGAUCCAUGGGGUUUCCGAUCAUCGGAGAGACUUUUGAAUUCAUGACAGCUUAUGAUUUCAGUUCUGCGGUUUCACCGUAUCUAGAGAAGAGAAUAUCCAGAUAUGGUUCAAAAGUGUUUCGAACAAGUCUAUUUGGGGCCAAAGCUAUAAUUUCGACCGAUCAAGAAGUGAAUAUGGAGAUGGCAAAGGCAAGUACCCAGUGUGGUGCUCCGGAGAGCUUAAGGCGGCUCUUUGGAGAAAACAGCGACUUCCUCCAAAGGAAGGAGAUUCAUAAAUAUGUCCGAAACUUGACUUCUAGAUUUGUAGGGCCAGAAAACUUAAAAAACAGAUUGCUUCAAGACAUUGAUGUUUUGUCUCGUAACUACUUCAAGAUCGAGAAAGGAGCAACAAGCAUUUCUUUCGACAUCAAAGAAGCAGCAACCAAGAUGGAGGUUGAACUUAUCGUGAAGAAAGUAUUUGGUGAAAUGGAAUCUGAGGCCGUAAGAGAACUAGGACUUUGUUGGACAGCUUUCCGAACUAACUGGUUUAAUUUCUCCUACAACUUCCCUGGGACAACUGUUUAUCGACUCGUGAAGGCACGGAGGAGGGCUGCGAAGCUGCUAAAAGGAUUGAUUCAGAAGAAGAAUGCGUCAAAAGAAGGACUCGGUGAUUUCUUGGACAUAGACAGAGCUGUCGACUUGAUAUUGACCUUUUUCAUAAUCUCUCAAGAGACGACUCCCACAAUUCUAGGAGCAACUGUGAAGCUCGUUGCUGAUAAUCCUGAUGUCAUGGAAGAACUAAAGGUUAUCAAAGAGUCUCUUCGGUUUACUAGUGCACAACCUACGGUACAUAGAAUACCCACUGAGGACGUUCAGAUUGGAGGUUAUACAAUACCAGCUGGAUGGUUCUUUUUUGGCAUUCCUCUUGUUCAUUUCGACGAAGAAAAGUAUGAGGAUCCUCUCAAGUUUAAUCCAUGGAGAUGGAAGGGGAAAUAUUUACAUGGUACCUUGUCCAAGGAUUACAUUCCUCUUUGUGUAGGGUCUGAGUUUGCAAAGUGCAUAAUCGCUGUAUUUCUCCAUCAUUUGUCCAUAUUCAGGUGGUCGUUGGACCCGAAAACUAGAGUGCUUCGAAGGUAUAUGCUUAUGUUUCCUGCUGGUUGCAAGGUCGAAAUCGCAAAGGAACCAAGCAGCUAGAUUUAAUUAUGGUCUGGUGCAACCUUUCACUCUGUUUUCUGUGACAAAAAAAUCGUCAUAAAUGAGUGACAAAAAAAACGAUAUAUUAUCAAACUUUUUUUAUUACGAAAGUGUGUUCUGAUUUUGUUGCAGAAACUGCAUCUGACUUAUCUCACUUGUGACUAGUUAGUUUCCAUAGAGUUGACAACUUUAUGACAAAAUUUGUAGUCUCUAUUUGUGACGGAUCGUGGGUAAUGAUUAGUACUAAAAAGUACGAUGUUUUGGCAUGUUCACACAAAUUAAGAAACAAUUAUGUUUUAGUUAUUAAUACAUUGCUGUUUAA